UCCAGACCCUGAGCGGUGUCACCCUUCCCUGGCCCAGGUCUGAAGACAGAAUGAGGGGGGCCUCCCGCCUCCAGCUUUUGCCGCUGCUGUUGCUGCUAGGUGGGUGUGGGGCAGGGGCUGGGGGCUGUUCCCAGUCCUGCGGGCAGCCCCAGGUGUCCAGUCGGAUCGUGGGGGGCCGGGACGCUCGGGACGGACAGUGGCCGUGGCAGGCGAGCAUCCAGCACCGCGGGGCGCACGUGUGCGGGGGCUCGCUCAUCGCCCCACAGUGGGUGCUGACGGCGGCGCACUGCUUCCCGAGGCGGGUGCUGCCGUCGGAGUACCGCGUGCGCCUUGGGGCGCUGCGCCUGGGUCCCGCCUCGCACGGCGCGCUCUCGGCGCCCGUGCGCAGGGUGCUGCUCCCCCCAGACUACUCGGAGGGUAACGGCCGUGGCGACCUGGCGCUGCUGCAGCUGAGCCGCCCGGUGCCCCUGAGCGCCCGCAUCCAGCCCGUCUGUCUGCCCGAGCCCGGGGCCCACCCGCCGCUUGGAACGCCCUGCUGGGUCACUGGCUGGGGCAGCCUCCACCCCGGAGUGCCACUCCCAGAGUGGCGACCUCUGCAGGGAGUAAGGGUGCCGCUGCUGGACGUGCGCACCUGUGACCGCCUCUACCACGUGGGCACCAGUGUGCCCAGAGCGGAGCACAUAGUGCUGCCCGGGAACCUGUGUGCCGGCUACGUCGAGGGCCACAAAGAUGCCUGCCAGGGUGACUCUGGGGGACCCCUGACCUGUGUGACGUCUGGGCGCUGGGUCCUAGUGGGUGUGGUGAGCUGGGGCAAGGGCUGUGCGCUGCCCAACCGUCCAGGUGUCUACACCAAUGUGGCCACUUACAGCCCCUGGAUUCGGGCUCGCCUCAGCCUCUAAGGCAGUGAGCUGGAGCCAGAGGCUGGGGUCCCUCUGAGGACCUGCACGUUCCCUCCCACCUUGCCCCUUCCCACUUAAGGCUCAUAAGCCUUAGAAAGCUGCGGGCCAUCCGUCUCUCCAUCCCCUGCCUCCUCCUUGGAGCUCACCAAACCCUAGCCGCCAGCCCUCCUCCUGGAGCCUCCCCUGCGUCCCCGGGUCUCACACUCCUCCUUCCCCGUCCUGCUCACUUUUACCCUUCUCUGCUCCAGUCAGGGGCCUGGGCACCCAGAGGCGGGCAAGCCAGCUGGUGCCCGGUCUGGCCCGUGUGCCUGCCUUUUUCUGGAGGAAGUCAGGGAAAUUCAAAGUGUGAGAGCGAUUCAGCCCCAGAGAGAUGAUUCUCCAUUGCUGGCUUUGAACAUGGAGGAGCUGCUGGCGAGGAGCCACAGGAGAGCGGCCUCCAGGAGCGGAGGGCAGCCCCCGGCGGCGGACAGCCAGCAGGGGGCACCUCCGUGCCCCGACUGCAAGGAAGGGAAGCUGGCCGACAACCUGAAUGAGCUUGGGACCCAGUUCUCCCCACAGCCUCCGGAGGAGCGCCCCCCUCCCCGCCCCGCCCCCCCUGCAUCAGCGUCCCCACCAGACCAGACCCUUGAACCCAGCGGAGCCCACCCAGACCUCUGGCCUGCAGAGUUAUGACUUAAUAAAUUUGUGUUGGUU